UCACACGAGAAACGCAACGCAUGAGGGAUGCGGUCACACCCCCUCGUCUCGUCUCAGUACGCCCCCGAAACCCGUGGGCACUGGGCAAACAACAAUACUUAAGGAGUUUGCAGCCCACCCUACAGCAUCUAAUAUGAUAUGGAGACUACGUAAUCUCUAAUAGAUCAGUCACUGAUACACAAAUCCACAGAUUAUCAGCACCUUCAGGAUCUUAACUAUGGAUGAAGACGGAGACACCAACUGAGGGGGGAAAUAUCGGGGGCGCAUUUAAGAUGACACGUACGGAUCCCCCUGACAUAUUAACAUCCUCUUUGUAUCAAGACAUAAAAAUUGGCCCUAACUCUGGGCUCUCAAAGUACUCUGAAUCUUCUAAGCAAUGUGAUUGCCAAAUGGUUGGCCCACUGGAUCAAAAUUUUGAAACCAUUAACAAAAGACAUUGCCGUAGCUUUGACUUCAUUGAGUCACUGGAUGACCCAAAGGACUUUUCCUCAUCCAUGGAGUAUCCUUACAGGUCUGAUCAGCAAACAGUAAGUAAGGAUGCAGUCUGGAAUGGCAUUGGACAGCAGGGACACUUACGUUUUUCCUCACCAGAUCUAUUCAACUCAAGACUCUCCCAACAACAAAUCAGCACAGACAAAAACAAUGAGGCAGCAAGGACUAGCGUUCAUGGUAAGCCUCGCUCAAAAAGUGCUCCCAGGGUUCGAGCCACCCUGACCCCUGUACCCAUCACUGUCUCUCCACCUGCAACCAUGAGGCGUCGAUCUCCAGUGGACCCCCAGAAGAGAUCUGAAGGUUUGCCAAAUCGAGAAGCCUCUCAUUCAAACAGGGCUUUAGUUAACGAAGUUCAUCCAAUCAAGUUACAACCCCACACACCCCUCUAUGUUUCUGAUUGUUUUGAGGAGAGUAGACAGGAGACACAAACUAACACUCCCCAUGUAAGGUGCCGUGUUGAUAUUAAGCCAGAUGCCUCAGUUCUCCAGCACACUGCACGGAAGAUGCCUACUCACAGAAGUAAUGUUCCCUGGCAGCUUUCCUCAACAUCAGGGAUCAGGAACGUCUCUUUUCCAAGUCAGACAUCCACCUCUAGAACGCCUACUCCUAGUGAGUGUUACAACAUGGAAUAUAGGCAAGCAUAUCAAUAUCCCAACAGCUUGUCCGGUAGUUACAUUCAGUCUGGGGAGAUCCCUUUCAGAAGGACUUCUCCUAGAGACCCAAGGGAGCACAGGACCUUGUCUAAUCCUAACAUCCCAACCAAGUUCUUCUACACGGACGAUCCCUGCAGGUAUCCAGUUCAACCACAGAGUAGGACAUAUUAUCAGGAUGACCAGUACAGUAUUAACAGCAGCAACAGCCAAAAUCCCUCCGUCACUAGUCAAUAUGUACUUGACCCAAGGACUCGUUGGGUUCAUACUUUGCCUGUGCGUUCGUACUAUGCAGAUUCCCAUCGUGAACCCUUGGAUCCAUUUUAUGGUAGACCAUAUUCAGUGAGUGAGCCAGGGCCAUACUUCAUAUCUACUCCUCAGAGUGAAACAUACUUUCAGGAGGAUCCAAGAGCAUAUGCUGUUCCCUCUGACCCCUCAAAGAUGUUCUAUACACGGCCUUGCCAUUACCCAGCAGAAAUAAACAAUCCUAUGAGAGCAUAUCAUACGGAGGGACGGCGGCGGCCACGUAUGUCCCAGGUCUUUUCAGAUGACUGGCACCGGUCAAGCAUUGCUACAUAUUCCAGUCAGUAUGCAUCCUCACAGGCCACUCCUCAGCGAGUGCCAUCGAUAAGCCCAUGGUAUCCCAAUGACUUUACAGAGCCAACUCGUUUAGGAGCAGAUGUCCGAAACUACUCAAAAUCCUGGGACAACAUUCUCAUCCCUCAUAUGGACCGAGAACAUGGUGUUUCACGAGGCAGGAGUUACGAGAACCUUCUCCAUCACGGAAGACCAGGAGUUCCUUCGAAUAAUAACCAACAACCGGUUAUUGUAAACCUUUCUAGUUCGCCGAGACGUUACGCUGCCUUGUCACUCUCCGAAAACUGUCUAGAAAAGUGUGCUGGUGACAGACAAAACAGUGCGAGGGGACAAUGGUAUGUAACCCCAGAAAUUACAAUAACUGACAAUGACAUCCGUGCAGCAAAUAGCAACAAGAGAGAUGGGGGAACAAUCAGCUGGAAUACCCAAAAUACAGCCCGGUGUCAAACUGCAAACUUGCAUAAUUUACAGAGACCAGCAAACCCACCAGAAUCCACAGAGAGGAAGAACAAUAAUUACUCCCUGCAGCAAAGCCUCGAACAGCUUGAUGAGCUGCUAGCCGACCUAGUCAUUGAUUACAAACCUCUAAAUAGCAGGAGACCAAGCAAGGAUCUGAUAGACCAACUCAAACAAUUGAUUCAAGAUGACGAGACUAAAGAAGGGAAGAGGGACAUGGAUCAAGAGGAUUCAGGACUUUUGAACACACUAUCAGACUCUUCAAAGACCAGCCCAGACACAUUUAAAGACCCAGACAGUGGUUGUGAGGGUUUUCAGCGGAGUGUUGAGGACAUCUCUUUGAACCCCAUUGCAGUCGAGGAUGACACUAUGGUGUGCUCCAACAGGAAAUGCUUACGCAAAGACACUACAUUCAAUGCUUGCUUGUACUUCAAGUCCUGUCACAGCUGUUAUACCUACUACUGUUCCAGAAACUGUAGGCGAGAAGACUGGGACACGCAUAAAGAGAGCUGCCUUUAUGGCCGCAUUAGUAGUGUUUGCAGGCACAUACUAAAGCACUGUCGAGAGAACUCUGACAUUCAUAAGGCUUUUUCGCGCAUUGCUAGGGUAGGGUUUCUUUCCCGCGGGAGAGGAGUUCUGUUCCUGGGUUUUCCAAACCCCGGGUGUGCAGAUAACUUUCUUCAAGUUGGUCUUGACAGCCUUACCAUUUCUCCAACAUAUCUGUCCCUUCGAGAGUUAGACAGUUUCAAAGACAACCUUGGGCAAUACUGCAAAGAAUUGCAGAAUGCAGGCAAGGAGUAUGACCCCGCUGAAUGUUUCCUCCUGAAUGUAUCCAUUGCUGUUGGAGACCUAGUGCCUAAACUUCCUUCACCCAAAUUACAAACGCCAACAGUUCGCAAAUAUGCCAAGGUCUCAUUGGCCUCCUCAAGCCCAGAUAAGAAAAUCUUUAAGAAAGAAUGUGAAAUGGAGACUCUGAUUCUCACCCCUCCUCCUGGGACAUCUGACAUCGACAAGGAUGGCCAAGAGGGCAGGAAAGCAAGAGAGAUUUGUUUCAUUAACAUCCAAAGGGAGCUUCGUACAAGAGGUGUAUUCCUUCGUCACGAGUUCCCACAAAUAUACAACCAGCUUUGUGAGUUUGUGGAGAGCAACAAAAGGUUCACCCCCACCACAAUUUAUCCCAUUGAUAAGAGAACCGGAAAGCAGUUUAUGUGUAUGAUCAUGGCAGCGUCUGAACCAAGGAUGCUUGAUUGGGUUGGUGCACCACACCUUCUAGAUGACAUUAUAUAAUCCUAUGCAUCCAGCAUUAUCAAGCUUUUACUGUAUAAAAUAAGACUUAAAUGACUAAUGUUUUAGAUAUGUAUUUUAAUAGGGAGACUAUAUUUACUGUUUCUGUAUGGCACUAAAAAUUAAUAGAAUUAAUACGAGUUGCUAAUGGGAUAAAAAGCUAUGUACAGUAUUUAUUAGAAGAUAUAUGAGCAUAUAUGUUUUGUCUUAACUACUAUA